AAUUAUCCCAUUAAAAUGUGCCAACCGGCCAUUGAAACGGUUUGACGACGGCGUUGAUGUUGGCCGAUUCAUCAGGGACGGGAAUGAGAAAAGCGAAGUGGUCGUAAAUCCAAGAUUGUCACCUCCUGUCAUCUUAGCCUAGUAAGCCUGAAAAAAUUUGGAACUCAACUUCAUCCCACAAAUAACUGAAAAGUCCACGUUCUUUUUCCGUUGGCGUCUGUCUAUUUUCCGUCACUCUGACCAUUUCGUAACUGGCCGGAGAAUUAAUUAAAUGAUUUCCAGUAGCACUCCUCCUUUGAGCGGUCCGAAUAGUCCUUUGGGGUUUCCACUCCAACGUGUCUGCCACGAAUUAUAUGACGCGGAGGUGUUGGCCGCUGAGCGGAUUGGGCGUCGGUGAGGAACCGUGAAAAGAAAUGAUGAACCAAGUGAAGAAUGUUAAGAAAGAUUUAACCUUUGCUCACAGUAGAUUCCACAUAACGACAGAGAAAAAGAAAAGGAAAAAAGCCCGUCUUGGAAUUUUUGAACAGAAAUGCCCCACCCUCAUAUUGCCGUUGGUUGUCAACUCUCCUUUUUCGUAUAAAAUCGUGGACGAUUCGGUUGGUAAGUAUCAGUUAUUCAGCUGUUUCAAACAAGUCAACUACUGCUCCAACAUGAAGUUCUUUAUUAUCCUCGUUGCCUUCGUUGCGUUCGCUGCUGCCGAUUCAUACAAGGCUUCUAAAUACGAGGCCUCGAAGUACGAGGCUCCUAAAUACGAGACCCCUAAAUACGAGACCCCCAAGUAUGAGGCUCCUAAAUACGAGACCCCCAAGUACGAAGCUCCUAAAUACGAGACAACCAAGUACGAGGCUCCUAAAUACGAGACCCCCAAGUACGAAGCUCCUAAAAACGAGACACCCAAGUACGAGGCUCCUAAAUACGAGACCCCCAAGUACGAAGCUCCUAAAUACGAGACCCCCAAGUACGAGGCUCCUAAAUACGAAGAAGUAACAUACGCCCCUCAACCCUACAGCUUCGGAUACGAUGUCCAGGAUAAAGAAUCUUACAACGACUUCGAGCACAACGAGAAAUCUGACUACAACGUAGUCACCGGAUCUUACCGCGUUGUUCUCCCCGACAGCCGCAUCCAGAUCGUCACCUACAAGGCUGACGCCAACGGAUACACCGCUGAUGUGAAAUACGAAGGGGAAGCCAAGUACCCCGAGUAUGCUGAGCCCCAAUCCAAAGCUGAUGCUUCCUACUCCGCUCCAUCCUACAAGGCUUCCGAAUACCAAAAACCGGCCUACGUCGCCCCCGCUUACACCGCGCCAUCCUACACUACCCCAGCCUACAAGGAGCCGGAGUACGAAACUCCAGCCUACACCACUAAAGCUACUGCUUCCUACCUAAAAUAUUAGUUCCCGUCAAUUGUUUUAUCUUGAUUCUGAGAUUAUUAUUUAAUAAAGUCUUCUAACGAUUUCAAGUCUCCCACUGGAAAACCAGUUUAAUACUAGUCCAAGAUUCACUUCUCAUUUCUCAACAUUCUUCCUUGUUUGUGAUAAUGAAGUGAUCAUGAAAACCUACAACGUAGCUAG